AUGAGCUCAACUACUCUCCCCUCAUCCGCCGACUAUCUGAUCAUCGGUGGAGGCACUGCCGGCUUGGUCGUCGCUAACCGACUCUCAGAGGAUCCUAAUCUUCGGGUCGUCGUCCUCGAGAGUGGCCCCGAUCGGACAACCGAUGCUCAGGUGCAGAAUCCAGCGACAUGGGCCACCCUGGGUGGUUCGGACCUGGACUGGAAGAUGAAGAUUGUUCCACAGCCUGGGCUCAACAAUCGGACCCAGGAGCAUCCGGCGGGCAAAGUGCUGGGGGGAUCGUCGGCCAUCAACGGACUGUUCUUCGUUCCUCCGUCUCCCGCAGGAAUCAACGCUUGGGCAAAACUGGGAAAUCCGGGGUGGACGUGGGAAUCAUUUGUGCCGUAUCUACAGAAGACAUACUCGCUGGUUCCUCAGGGGACGACCGAGGUCGACCUGACCCAGAAGACUCAGCAGGAGCCCGCCAGGGGUCCCAUCCAAGUCACCUAUCCAGCCCUGGCCGACCAAGACAACGGUCGUCUUAUCCAAGCAUGGAAUGAUGCCUUCCAAGCACAAGGGUAUGAAUUUACCGGUGACUUUCUGGCACAAGAAAAAUCCGUGGGCACUCGUCCCUACACCGCGACGAUCCACCCCCAGUCUGGGCUGCGCAGUGCAGCAGAUACGGCGUACACCAGCACCAUCGCCGACCGCGAGAAUCUGACAAUCGUGACCGAGGCGACCGUGCAAAAGAUCCUGUUUGAUGCCACCUCCGAGCCUGUAGCGGCCACCGGGGUGGAAGUCGCGUGGAAUGGAGAGGUGACCACCAUCCAGGCCCGUAAGGAAGUCAUUCUGGCAGCCGGCGCAUUCCAUAGCCCGAAGCUGCUGGAGCUCUCGGGUAUUGGCGAGAGGAACCGUCUGAGUGCAUUAGGAAUUCCCGUCUUGGUAGACCAACCAGGAGUGGGAGAGAACCUACAGAACCACCCGAUGGCCGUCCUGCCACUGCCUCUCAAAGAACAUCCCGAUCUCGAAGCCCUCACGCCGGGUAUCCAGGGAAUGGCUUUCACCCGUCUUGACACCCAGGAACUGGAGACCCUCUUCGCGCAACACGCGAAAUCCGGAACCCAGUCUGAGCAAGUGCUCCAGUCCAUUCUGGCCGAUCCCAAUGAAGCCUCUGCAUUUUCCAUACUCGGCGUCAUGCCCGGGAAUGUCGCGUUACUGGCGGUGAUCCCAAGCUUCCCCUUCUCCCGCGGCAGCAUCCACGUCCCCUCCCCUGAUCCCGACGCGAUGCCGGUGAUCGACGCUGGGGUUUUCACCCAUGAUGUGGAUAUCGAGAUUUUGGCGCGCCAUGUGCGGCAGUUGCAGCAGGUGAUUGCCACGCCUCCUCUCGAACCGUAUCUCCAAUCUGGCCCCCCCGGUGAUGUCGAGACCAUCAAGCCGUUGCUCCGCGAGGCGAUGGCACUGACCGCCAAUCACAUCUGUGGCACUGCAGCCAUGCUGCCGCGUGAGGCCGGAGGCGUGGUGGACCAGGAGCUGAAGGUAUACGGGACGAAGAAUGUACGGGUGGUCGACGCCAGUGUGUUCCCUCUGAUCACGCAUGCCAAUCCAAUGGCGACGGUGUAUGCCGUGGCGGAACGGGCGGCAGAUCUGAUUCGCAAAUAG